CCAACACACUCACAUUUAUAACCAAUCACAGGACUUGUGGUGUUAACUUCUCUAUCAAAAGUUCGGUGCACCUCGAACUUCGACCCAGCCGGAAAUUAAUUGGUAUAGUGCAACCUAUACCGUCAAUAUGGCGACAGACAGAAAUGUUAAGAAUGGAAAAUCGUCAAGUAAUCCAAAAAACCCUUAUAUGAAUUUUGCUAGAGGUUACAGAACGACAGCUAAGGGUAGUGGGAAGAAACCUCUUCCAGAGCCAAUUCACGUAGGCCAUUUUAUCAUGAUGGUCGUCAUAAAACUUUGCCGUACAGUUCUUUUAGUGGACACGUCAGUUAAAAUCGGCGUGUAUUUGACUGGGGUUUUGGUUGGUUCAGUUAUUUGUGAUCUUUUCGCGUUUCCGCGAUCUUACUUUUCAAACAAGGGAAACAUACUGAAUCAAUGGUUCGUGAAACUCGGAUGGGGCUGGACUCUUUCUCUGUUGCUCGCGUACAUCUUCCUAACCAGCACCGUGUAUUGUUGUGGAAACUGGAACUACAUUAGGAGGCAUCUUCUGAGACUAGCAGUAGGAACCUUUUGGUGGUACGUGUGUACAAGUCUCUUUGUUCGUGUGGAGACAAUGGUUGGAGUGUGUACAGUAACCACAAUCAAAGACAAAUUUGCUUGUGUUGAAGCUGGGAAAAGUUGGCUUGGAUUCGACAUCUCUGGACACUGUUUCUUGCUGAUUCACAGCCUUUUGAUCAUUAAUGAAGAGUUGAAGACAUUCAGGGAUUGGAGCAAACUGGGGGGAUUCCUACAGGAUGAGGAACUGAAGGAUAAGAGAAAAGUAACGGAGAAGGAAAUAUCAGAUGCCCAGAUUUCAUUCAAAUUAUUGACUCCGAUGAUUAAAGUGAACAUCAUAGCUAUUACCAUGUUGGCUCUUCUUUGGGAGUUAAUGUUGCUUAUAAGUGUUAUAUAUCGUUUUCAUACCCUUCCACAGAAAGUAACUGCAUCAUUUAUUGCUGUUGGUUGUUGGUUCAUUAGUUAUAGAAUUCUGUUUCGCAGCAAAGUGGAGUGGCUGCCACUACAGCCAGGAGAGUCGCCCCUGUCAUACAUGAAACUAUCGUAAUACAAAAGCGAACUUUAACUUUACUUUUUUAGGGGUUUUUUGUAGUACAUAAUAUGUUUACCGGUACUUCAAGUUUACUUAUUCCAGUUUGAACAAUAAAUAUUUUUAAGCAUCCAUAAAAUGAUGUCCAGCAUGCAGCAGUUUGUGAUAGAGAGUUCCUAAAUUUGAUAGUAUGAUACAGAUAUAUAUCAAUAUUUUUCAUACCUAGGGUGGGAGGUCAGUUAGGAGAGUACUCACCUGAGGUGCUUAGGUCAUAGACUUGAAUCUCUUUGGCAGACCCAUUGUUGUUUUUUUUCCAGUUCCAAUGAGUGCACCAUGACUUAUGUAUCAAAAGUUGCAGUAUGUGCCGUCUUGCCUUUGAGAAAGUUCAUAUAAAAAUCUCUUGAGCAUACGAAUGGCAAAGUGUUCACUUCAGACAGGGCUCAAACCUAAAGGGACAGACCCUAGUUUUUAGACACUUAAGGUAUAUAUUUUUUUACCUUGUACUAGACCCUAGUUUCUACCCGUUAAAAUGGACAUUUAAGUUUGAUUAAUUUACAAACCUGUAACAAACUUGGAUACAACAGAGUAAAACAAGUCUGACGUUGAAAUACCGUUAAAAAUAUCUAGACUAAAAUGAGACUACGUAACCAUUACUUCUCAGACGCACAUGCAUUUUUAAAAAUAUGAAAAAUGCAUAGAAACACUAGGAUGACCAGAAACACUUUGGUUGUACAGAAAUGGAUAAUUUAUACAAUAAAAUAUAAGUAAUGUUUGAUUUCAGUGAUCAUAAACGGCUCCAAUAGUGAAAAAUAUGGUUUUAAGUAGUGUUUAAAAACUAGGGUCGUACAGCAAUGUUUUUUUUAAUGACAUUGGUAAAACUGCUUACCAAGUUAACCAACGGCAGUUUUGAGUCGGACUAUGGCAAUUUUCUAAAAAGUUACUUUUGCAGCAAAUAAAGAUGACAAAUGUUAUAUUGCUGUAUGUAGACAUAUUUUAAAUGUACAAAUGUUAUAUACUGCAUAUAAUAUACACCAAGUGUAUACAUUUUGUCAUCAUUAAGGUGAUUCUUCCGACAGUUAUUGAUAUAUAAAUAUAAAUUUAGGUAUCUCAACAAUGGCAAUUGCCAUCUGUGUCGUCGUUAAUUUUGAGCCCUGUAAGAGUUAAGACAGCCUUUGUAGAUGCAUUUAUAUUUUAAAAGUAAAUAAAUGACAUUUAUUAAUUAUAUAUGAAUCCUGUCUUGGGUCUCCACAGGUAUUUUGGUAGGGGCAGAGUCUAGCAAGACUCGAGUCCGUUCACAGGACUCCAGGACCUGUGCAAGGAAGAAGACUGAUUUAAUUAUAUUUUUGUGUCAUUUUGCUCUAUAUUAAUAUGCUUGUUAUCAGUUACAUCAUACUUAUAGGGGUAUGAGACAUGGAGGGAAAACAAAAGUUGAAUGUGUUGAAUGCAAUACAUUGACAAGCUUUAGCAUCCACGUUCAUCGCUGGAGUUGAGAUGCAUAAUGCUAUUUUACUUUAUUCCUUAGUCUCAUUAUCAUCUAGUGUAAGUAUCUGUACUCCGGUCUGGGUUGAAUACUUUUGGACUCGUGGAGGCCCUAAUCUUGUUAGUAGUGUGAAAUGUAGAUUUUGUAAAUUAAUAGUAUUACAUUAAUACCCAUUAAAAAUAAUACAUACAAUGUAUGAACACGUGCAUAAUGUGCUAAGCAAUGUUUAUUUCAAGUUUUUGUUUGCAGAAUACGAAAUAGCAUUUUUUAUAUAUGGUCCAGAUUAAAAUAAAUUAUUGUUUACAUAUAGCUAGAUUGUUUCAGCCCUGGUUGUAGUUGUUGAUCAUUUUAAUUGGGCAGUAAUAGGCUGGAGAAUAUAUUACAUGUUGAAUUUUUCAUUCAGGCUCGCUUUCCAUUAUAUUUAAUGCGAUUCCGCAUGUGAUUUAUCUUGCACAUUUCUGCAUUUAAUAAUAUCAUUUAUUAAUGUGUUGUUACAUAUCUGCAUUUUUUGCAAGCAAAUUACUAUACAAAAUUUCACUUCGAUGUGUACGUUUUACGCCAGAAGUAAAUACAUUCAUGUAUGACAUCACACCAUAGAACAAUCGCUCGUCCAUAAAGAUUUUUUUAGCACACAGGAUUAUCUAUAUGGAAGUGUUCUAUGUAAGUGCAUUAUCAAUAAACUUACGUUAUCGGAAAGCGGGCCUAAGUCUGUAUUUGCUUUGAUAAGUUUAUGUUCCUUAAUUUCUUUUAAUCAAUGAAUACAGCUUUAUUGCUACAGGAUAGCCACAGACCCUAAUCUAACCAGCAACGUGGACAGGUUUUGGUUUUUUGGUCAAAAUUUGGCUCAAGUUGCUUAUUUAUUAAAAGUAGUGAGAAGUCGAAGUCGUCAUGAUAUUUUGGGUCUAAUCAGAUUUUGAAAACAAAAUUACAAUGGACGUCAAGCCACUGUCUUAUUCAGUGUCAUAAUGCCCCUCCAUCGUUUUACUUUGGCGCUAAACUGUACAUCAACAAAUGUGCAGUUUGCAACCAGCCAAGUGUUGUUAAUUCUCAGCCACAUUCAUUUCAGUAAUGACAAUAUACUAAUUGUUACUUUUCAUUUUAUCAAAAGAAUGACAUUAAUCAUCAAUUAAUAAUAUCGCAUUUGUAAUGAAAAUAUACAAUUGUUUUGCUUCAAUUUUAUAACCAGAAGUAGUAGUAUUUUAUCAAAAUACUUCAGUUUGAACCUUUAGUCCUCACCAGGGAACAUAGUUUUUUUUACUGAACUAUGUACCACAAGUUACAUGUGUAUUUAUAUCUCGGCCAAUUGUUUUCUAAAUUGCACACAAAUAUAGUUAUUUUUUGCAGUUUCUAAAAGCCAACUAAAAUUAUUUACAAAAUGUGUUUCUUGGAGGCGGGGAAAGACUAUAGUGUAUAAUUCGGAAUGUUUCACACCGAACAUGACAACACUUUGCAAAAUGUACCAAUAAAUGUUCUCUGUUUUUAUAAAACUUCUCCUCUUCCUCAUGGAAAGGGAGAAGUCACUUCUACAUUUUAAAAUUCUAGAUUAGGGUCUGUAGUUAAUAACAUUGCCCACCAGCUUAACUGUUUUAUACAAUAAAUUGAUCUGUGUAAGGUGUGUUUGUGUAAUCAAGAUUUAGGCCAUUGAUUUUUCUUGACAAAUUUUAUACCCUAUUGGAGAGUUAAUAUAUACAUGAUGAAAUGGUGUUCGUUAUUAAAUUAUUACCUCUUUCA